CAAUGGCCGACGAGCUCAGCGACCUGCUGCGGGAAUUCGAGGAGGUGAUAGAGGACUUUGGGAAAGGCCCUGCACGUCAGUACGAGCAGCACCUGGAGGAGCUGAAGAGGAAAGCGGGGCAGAGCGUCUACGACAGCGGCAUCGAGGAGCUGGAGAGUACCAGCGCAUCCCCGGGAAGCAGCCUGAGCUCCAGCGAGGAGGACCUCAACACCCCUGCAGGUGCAUACCCCCAGAAAGCAAAGCUCGGAGACACGCAGGAGCUGGACGAGUUCAUUGCGGACCUGGAUAAAGCGCUGGCGG